AAAAAUUGGUGAAAACAAUGAUUGUGUUUACAGUAUUUAGUACAUCAACAAAAAAAAACAUCUACAACAACUUCAUCAAUAUCAUCUUAUUUAUACCUAAUUUCAACUAAAAUCUGGUUUUAUAUCUUUAUCUUAAUAAUUCUUGUUAGUGACAAAAUAAGCAUAAAGCCUUCGUCAUCUUAGUCACCCAUUCUGUCCUGUCUUCCUCAAAGAGCAAUCCAUCGUGCAUUUUAACCAUUUGUUUGAAUCCAAUGAACACAAUUGGCUUUUUCAAAGAGUAAAGUAGAUGACAUAGCAUUCAAAAGGAAAAUAAUCGGAAGUAUUUAUAUAUUUGAAUCAACAAUUUUGCGAUGGAUCAGUUUAAAGCAUUUGUUAGUGAAAAUGAAUUGGCAGCCAAUCGUAAACAGAGACAAGUUGAAUGGGAUAAGGUUAGAAAACCUGAUGAUCCUGAGGAAGCACCGGAGGAAGAAUAUGAUCCGAGAUCACUGUUCGAAAGGCUUCAACAACAGAAAAUGAAGGUUCAAGCUGAAUUUGAAGAAUCUCGUCGACUAAAGAAUCUCAUUGCUGUUUUAGAUGAAGAUGAAACAUCUUUUCUUGAAAUGGUGGAUAAAACUAAAUUGGACCACGAGAAGAGACAAACUCAAGAGGAAAAAGAAGCAUUACAAGAAUUCAGAAAAGCAAUUGAGGGUUUAACAAAAGACGAACAAGUUAGAAAGAUUGCAGAUUUCAAAAUUAGUUUUGCUACAAAAGGAAAUAUAAAGAAAUCUAAAAAAACGCAGGGUAAUCCAUUGUUAAAUCUAAUCAAACUUCGCAAAUCGGACGAUCCGAAAAAGUCAAAUGAUUCUUCAACGGAAUCUCCAUGUGACAAGCAAACUGUUGAUCAUGGUAGUGCAAAGAAAAAAGACGACGAAUUAGAACCUGAAGGUGAUAAAUGUGACGAGAAAGACCAAAAAGUAACCCUUCACGAACAUAAAGAUGGAUCAAAUUUGUCUUCAUCUCAGGAACAACCACCAACUACAAAGACCUGUUUAGUAGCUUACGGCUCUGAUUCUGAUGAUUCUGAAGCUGAAGAUUCAGAUAAUAAUAUAGUCAAUCAUCCAAAUAAGAAAGCAAAAACGACUAUGUAAGAAAAUUCGCAAUGCUAAUCAUUUUUUACUCAUUGUAAUUAAUUUGUGAUAUACGCUAACUAAUUAUUUUUAAACGGAAAAAGAAAGAUAAUAUUUACUAUUUAAAGAA